AUGUCUCCUGAUGCGCAUCGCACUUUACCCACUAUAGCCCUCGUCACUUUACGCCACUUUCAAAUCUCAUCUCACACGUUUAUCUACGACAUCGCCACCUCCACCUCACGCUUACUCGCCCAUCUGUUGGCCAAACUGAAACAAGCACCUUUCGCAUCUCUCAACGUUCAUCAACUAGUGGCUGGUGCUCGACAAGGGUUGGGUGUGCCUCUGACCGCUGAUCGACCAGCAAUUUGUCUUCUCAAAACUCAGGGUCAGCUGAGUCUUUCAUUGGCCAAUCUCUCCGUCAGGGUUGUAUAUCAGUGGGCCUCGACCUCUCCUGAGAUCCGAGUGUUGCUCUACACGGUUCUCAUUGGCUCGUCUCCCAGCCAGCGAUGCACUCGUUCCAUUUUAGUCAGUCUCAGACUUGACCAAUCUAAAGGAUCGGGCACUCUGACUCCUGUCAUGUCAAGACUCGCAGCAAGGCAGCGGACAUUCAUACUGAGUCUGAUGCAGACACCAUCCAGUCCCCCCGGCCUCGAAGACGCUGUAGAGACUCGUGCAUCUCAUAGUGUGAUAUGGCGCUUUACACUAGGGAGUAUACAGCACCAACUCGCAGCAUCACUCUGUGUACCAUCCACAGUGAUUCCUAUAUGA